UUGAUUAAUUUGGUGAUACAACUGAUAACAAACACUUGUUCCAUAUGUAUAUAACGGCAGUCUUGCCGUGAAACCAGUACGAGUUUCACUCUUGUCUUGAUACAAUGAAGAUAGUAGGACUUCUCCUUUUGGCCGCUGCAAUUGCAUCAGCUGAUCAGACUGCGCCUGGCACAUCUACUCGACCAAUUCUUACAUCGACAGAAGCAUCCAGCUAUGCCAAAUCUAAUUAUCUUCAGGGAUGGAGCCCCAGUACUAUCAGCACCAGUACUGCUGACUACACGGUUGGGAGCGGAUACAGUACCAUCCAGGCAGCCGUAAAUGCCGCUAUCAAUGCUGGAGGCACAACCAGAAAGUACAUAAAAAUCCCCGCUGGCACCUAUAGUGAGGUAGUCUACAUUCCCAGUACAGACGUACCAUUGACAUUAUAUGGUGGUGGCAGUAGCGCUUCAAGUACCGUAAUAUCACUUAGCGUAUCGGCCACCUUAACAGGUUCAGCAUAUAAAACUGCAGUUGGUAGUCUAUUUUCGUCUGGUGAUCCAGCUUAUAGCAUGUACAGCGGCUGUGCAAGUAAAAGUGCUAUUGGAACCACGUGCUCUUCUGUAUUCUGGGUUAAAGCAGCUGCGGUGCAAAUCGUAAAUUUGACUAUAGAAAACUCUUCCAAAAACUCUGGAACUGAUCAGGCUGUAGCCUUACAAACAAAUGCCGAUAAAAUUCAAAUCGAUAACUGUCGCCUAUUGGGGCAUCAAGAUACGUUCUUUUCCGGAAACGGAGGUUCCACAGUGCAAAGAAGCCACGUUACAGACACCUACAUUGCCGGUGAUGUCGAUUUUGUUUUUGGAUCAGGCUCUACCAUAUUUGAAGGAUGCACCUUCCAUGCUCUUUCGGGACGUUCAACAGAAGCAGUAGUGUUUGCUCCAGACACCGAUCCUAGUAUCUCCUACGGCUACCUAGUUGUGGAUAGUACCAUUACUGGUGAUACUUCAUUUGCCACUUCUAAAGAAGUGCACCUAGCUCGCUCUUGGGACAAUGGUGUGUCUUCAUCAAGUGACUACGUAGUCGGAACUUCACCAAAUGGGCAAUUAGUUAUAAGGACAACUACCAUUGAUGACGUUAUUGACACCACGGCCCCAUAUGCUGCCGCUACUAGCGGCAGGGCCUAUUCAGGUGAUGCUGCGAGCAGUCGAAAUUUGAAUAAUAAUAAUUACAACAGAUUCUGGGAAUAUGCCAAUACUGGCGAUGGUGCAUAACUUCAUAUGAUUGAAAUCGAAAGUAGAUGUAUUUUAAUCAAUUGUAUCUUUUGUUAACACAAAGGCUAAAUAUUGUACUACUACUAAUUGACUGCAUCACUUGGGUGUUCUAACAGAAAUUUUAAUUAAAUUGUAAAUGAUAUUCCAUUAAAGAUGUCAAGCCAUUGAACGUA